GUAGGAUUGGAUUUGUGGUCCAGUUUAUUGGAGAGCACAGUUGGUCUGGUCCAUCAGUCUGGGAUUUGUUCAGGGGAGUGUUCAAAUUAAGAAAACAGUAUGCCAAGUAUGGACUUUUGUUUCAUAUGCCAAACUUGUUCUUCGAGAGUUUUAAGUUUCAGAUUCAUAUGCAGGGAAUAGCGUGCUUUAAAUAGCACCCAGACUUCCUUUAAGUGUCUGUCCAUUGAGCUGAUCAUCUAGAACUAAAGGACCAUGUGUACUUUUAUUAUAAUAAUUAUUAUUUUCGGACCCUCUUCAGCUGUACUUUAACUACCUUAAAAAGCAUUCCUGAAAAUUUUACCCCUACUUAAUGUGCUUUUGAACGUGCGGCAUGUUUGCUGAAAUUGUGAGCUUUAUUUUUAGGCUGGCAGCUUAUUUAGUUCUCGGUAAGUGCACAUAAUAGAAUUGUUGGUGACAGUUGCUUACUCAUGUUACAGUUCUACUUUUUUCUUUUUUGGUGACAGAUAUGCAGUAAUCAAUAGUGCAAUUAAGGCUUAAACGCAAAGCAUGCAUCUUGUUCUAAAAUCUCUGGGUCUAUUGUAUUGGAGGAAUAUCAGACUGUGCAUGCCUAUUGAGAGAAAUCAUUUUAAUGUGCAUGAAAUGCCGGUUAAUUACAUUAGUGAUACGUGACGCACGGCCUGCUGAUCCAUUGGUUUUGCUAGGAGUAAUUUCUUCUAAGCAUAUUUAUCUCCAAUUGCUGAUUUGAGGGUGGCCUUGAGUAACUGCUGUGAAUCACCCAAUGAUGUCUGUCCUUUUCCUAGCUGUAAAGAGCAGCAGUGUAUUGCGGUCAAUGCCAGCUUCACGACGCAGCCCUUGACGAAAGGCGGGGAAGGAUGGAGGAUCCCAGCCUGCUCGAGGAGUCGUCCACCUUGCUGGACCCAAAUGAGGUUGGCCGGGUUGCGCCACUGAGGCUGGGAUUUGUGGCCGGAGUGAUUGGCAGGGAGAGGAUUCCCACCUUCGAGCGGAUGUUGUGGAGGGUGUGCCGGGGAAAUGUUUUCCUGAGGCAGGCGGAUAUCGAGGACCCCCUUGAGGACCCCGCCACGGGAGACCAUGUCCACAAGUCGGUGUUCAUCAUCUUCUUCCAAGGUGACCAGCUGAAGAACAGGGUGAAGAAAAUAUGCGAGGGAUUCCGUGCAUCGCUGUAUCCCUGUCCCGAGACCCCCCAGGAGAGGAAGGAGAUGGCUAUUGGUGUCAACACUCGUAUUGAUGACCUUCAGAUGGUGCUGAAUCAAACGGAGGACCAUCGCACGAGGGUCCUGCAAGCCGCCGCCAAGACGUUGAGAGUGUGGUUCAUCAAGGUUAAGAAGAUGAAGGCCAUUUAUCACACUCUCAACCUCUGCAACAUCGACGUCACUCAGAAAUGCCUCAUCGCAGAGGUGUGGUGCCCUGUGUCAGACCUGGAAGCCAUACAGUUUGCUCUGCGGAGGGGCACGGAAAGAAGCGGUUCCACCGUGCCCUCCAUUCUCAACAGGAUGCAGACUAAGCAGACCCCACCCACGUACAACAAGACCAACAAGUUCACCUCCGGCUUUCAGAAUAUCGUGGAUGCCUAUGGGAUGGGGACGUACCGCGAGAUGAACCCUGCCCCUUACACCAUCAUCACUUUCCCAUUCCUUUUUGCUGUCAUGUUUGGGGACCUGGGACAUGGCUUGCUUAUGACCCUUGGCGCCCUCUACCUGGUCUUGAGAGAAACACGGAUCCUCUCGCAGAAGAUUGACAAUGAGAUGUUCAAUAUGAUCUUCUCUGGCCGCUACAUCAUCCUUCUAAUGGGGAUCUUCUCCAUCUACACGGGCACCAUCUACAAUGACUGCUUCUCCAAGACGUUAAAUACGUUCGGCUCAGCCUGGAGUGUCCGGCCGAUGUUUGGCGAGAAUGGGACGAACUGGACAUUCCAUACACUUCAAGGCAAUAAGCUGCUGCAGCUGGAUCCUGCAGUACCAGGAGUGUUCACUGGACCUUACCCUAUUGGUAUUGACCCGAUUUGGAAUCUUUCCAGCAACAAGCUGACUUUCUUGAACUCCUUUAAAAUGAAGAUGUCUGUCAUUCUGGGGAUCAUCCACAUGAUGUUCGGCGUCACCCUCAGCGUGUUCAACCACAUGUACUUCAAGAAGCCCCUCAACAUUUUCUUGAGCUUCAUCCCCGAGAUUGUAUUUAUGGGAUGCCUUUUUGGGUACCUAGUUCUCCUCAUCUUCUACAAGUGGAUCGCCUAUGAUGUGACCACCUCUAAAGAUGCUCCCAGCCUGCUCAUCGCUUUCAUCAACAUGUUCCUGUUCAACUACAGUGACCCUGCAAGGCUGUACACAGGACAGAUGGUCAUCCAGUGUAUGUUGGUGGUCAUAGCCGUUCUGUGUGUUCCCUGCAUGCUGAUAGUAAAACCAUUUAUUCUCCGGCGUCAGUACUUAUGGAAGAAGCGCCUGGGGACACAGAACUUUGGCGGGAUCCGGGUUGGCAAUGGGCCGACAGACGACGAGGCUGGCAUCAUCGAGCAUGACCAGCUUUCUGAGCACUCCGAGGAUGAAGAGGAGUUCGACUUCGCUGAUGUGCUCAUCACCCACGCCAUCCACACUAUAGAGUACUGCCUGGGCUGCAUCUCCAACACGGCCUCCUACCUGCGACUUUGGGCCCUCAGCCUGGCCCAUGCGCAGCUGGCUGAGGUCCUGUGGUCCAUGGUGAUGCGUAUGGGCUUCUCGCGCAGUUACGUGGGAGUCGUUCUGCUGUUCUUCCUGUUCUGCUUCUUCGCCACACUCACCGUAUUCAUCCUGCUGAUCAUGGAGGGCCUUUCGGCAUUCCUGCACGCGCUCCGUCUUCACUGGGUUGAAUUUCAGAACAAGUUCUAUGCAGGACAGGGGUUCAAGUUUGUUCCAUUCUCCUUCGACAGCAUCCUGCAAGGAAGAUUCGAUGAUUAAAUAAAGCACAGCUGUCACUGCCUUGUAAAUCACGUGUCACCCCCGCCCUUCCAGGAAUCUCCCCCCUGUUUAGUGUAGUCAUGCUCUAGUCUCUGACCAACAUCUGCUACAGGACUGGGAGGUAGAUUUUGUGUGUGAUUCAUUUUUAUUGUUUUUUUUUUUUUUUGCCAUGACUGAAUUUCUAUGUUUUUACAAGCGACGUAUUUCUGUGAUCAUCGAAGGUUUUCAGAAUAAGCAUUAAAGUAUAUUUUAUAACUUAACUUUUAUAAACAAAUAUUUAAUAUUAAUCUUUGCAAGUAACACGAAUCAUUUUAAAAUCUACUGCGGGGGGUGGAACAAGUGAUCCAGCCUGUUCAAAUAAGCUGUUUCUCUCCACUAUCACUUUAAAAAUAGAAAAUGUCCAUUAUAAACUGAACUGAACUAGAAAGAAAAGAUUUGUUAUAUAAUGAUAUGAGACAGAAAUUGUGUUCUGUGUCAGAGGCAUUGUGUCAUGGAUCCUUAAACUUUUGCAUGGACAAAAAGGGUAAUGCCUAUUGUUUCUAACUUAAUUUACAUAAUCUACACAAUUCAUUUUUGUAGUAGGAAAAAUUGUUCUAGUGAAUCCUGCCUCUGAAAUCUUUCUAUGCAUAAUUUCAGUUACCAUUGCACUUAGGAUUCUGUCUCCUGUUGUGUGUGGCCAGUUGCAUCCCCUUUCUCGGCUCCCUUGCCACCCAUUUUGCUCCCCCUCCCCCCCCCCCGGAUGAGUUCCAUUCGCUUCGAGAAGACUUGCUGUUCAAAGGGAAGAUGCAUAAAAUGGACUAAAUGCUGCCAGAGGCUCAGUAAAUUGAGCAUGCAUUUUAUUGCUAGUGGUUGUUACGAAAAUGCUCCAUGCAGUUGCUGAGAAAUAUUCUCUGGAGAUCUUGCAUGGGCCAUUAAGCUUGGGAAGAUUGCCGCUGCUAGAACAAGGCAUUGAUUCAAAGGGCAGGCUGAGGUGUAUUGCACCUUUAUCAAAUCUAAUUAUAACGGAUCUGCAUGGUCUCAUUCAGCAGGAGAUUGCUGAUGUUGCACCACCAGGGGGCAGUGUUGAGUAACUGUGACCUGAUUGAUGUCUGUUGGUUGCCAGUUAUGUCAUAUAUUGUUUUGCAAAAAUAUAAAACAUAAGCUGCUACAUUCCAGAAAAACAGAACAUUUUCCUCCGCAGUAAGAUGAAAACUGAAGGGCACUACACGGCCAGAAGGACACUAUUUCAUAGUCACCUUAAUUCACCAAAUUCAUAUUUAUAUCCUGCAGAAAUAUAACUUAUAAAGUAGAUUCUACUUGGUUUGUCCUGGAACUCAUUUCUCCAGUGUCAAACACAGAAUUCCCAAACAUAUCUGUUGGAGUGACCUAAAAAUAUUUACCUGUUUGUCACAUUUGAUCUGCAAGUGGUUGUGAAGAGUAGAGUUGUGUGCGGUUUUCAUUGACUUAGUUGUUUUUGUUCACUCUAUGUUGAUUUUUAUUUCUGUUAAGGACUUGGGCAGAACGAUGUGAAGGGGUGGAGAUUUUGGAAAUGAUGAUGGGUGGACCUUUAUUGGUGCAAAUUGCUGGGUGUGAGCAAUCCGUGUUGUCCAAUAUGUUGCGUGAGGUGUACAUUUUACAUUGGGACAUGUUUGUGCAUUGAAAUUAUUAAAAAGAUGGGAAAGAUGA